AUGCGCAGCAAGUGGUGGAAGCGGCGCGAGCAGCGCGGGUGGUCGCCGCAGUCGGAGCCAGCCUCCCCGCGCCUGGGCGAGCGCCACGCGCGCGACCUGCUGGGCUGCCUGCAGGACCUGGACAACGACGACGACAACGACGACGACGUCGACGUCGACGACAACGACGACGACUUCAUCUUGCCCUGCCUCUCGAACAGCUUUUUAGCAAGAGAGCAAGAGAAAGCUGGCGGGAGCGGCUGUCGCUGCAGCCACCCGUGCGCGUGCAACAGCGAGGUGCACUGCGCCCCCCAGUGGACGGACGCGUGCGUGGGCAGCGACUUGCCGCUGCGGCGCCAUGACGUCACCAAGGACGCCGUCAUACUCUUGCCUCCUCUUUGGAUGACAUGCUAUUUACCUUGGCUGGUGCUGCGCAAAGGAAUCCUCGACGCCGAAGCCCGGCUGCGGAUGAAGAGCCUGGCCAAGUCGGCCAUCAAGGCGAUGAGCGACGCGAAGAUCAAGGCGGAGGCGAUGGCGCACGCGAUGGCGCAGGCCAAGGCGAAGAAGCUGCUGGCGAAGCUGCGCGCGGAGGAGGAGGCGCGCAAGCAGGCGCAGGCGGAGGCGGCGGCGCAGACGCUGGCGGAGGUGCAGGCGCUGGCCACGGCCCGCGCGCGAGCGCUCGUCGAGGAGAAGCGCAAGGCGGCGCAGGCGGCGCGCGCCAAGGUCAUGGCCAAGGUGCGCGGCGAGGAGGCGGCGCGUGCGCGCGCCGAGGAGCAGCGCAAGGCGCGCGCCGCCGCCAGCGUGCGAGAGGCCGUGGCCAAAGCCAAGGCCGAGGCGGCCGCCAAGGCGCGCGCCGACGCCAAGGAGCUGGCCCGCCUGCGGGCCGAGGCCAAGGCACGCGCCAAGGCCAGGAGGGACACCCACCACAACGCCGCCAUGGCUGCCCCCAGCCGCCCAGCCCCCGCCGCCCAGGGCCCUCGCCGCCCCGAGGGCAGUGCCUGGGUGCGCUUGGGCGAAGAGGCGGCGCCUCCGGAGGACACCAAGCCCCUCCUAGAAGAAGACGACGACGGCUGGGAGGAAAUUGAAGCCAUGUGCGUGCCCUGCAUUGCGAUAUCCAAACAGGCGGAUGGAGUGCAGAAGGUGACGAUAAACAAUAAAACAAAAGAUGAAGCAGAAACAGCAGGGAAGAUAUCGACAGAUCCCGAAUUGGAGACUGAGACGCAGAAGGCGAUAGGGGAAAAGGCGGCGACAACGCAAGAGGGGAAAGAGGGGGAGACCACGGCAGACAACAACCCAACACAAGACACGAAACAACUAACGGAAAUGGAGAGAGAGGUGUGGGUGCGUAUAGGCAACGAGGGAAAAGCGAACUUGCAUAAAAAGAUGAACAUUGCCAAGAAGCCCGAGCUGCGCGCCGUCGAGGAGGCCCGGCGCCGCGCAGAGUGCGUGGCCAGGGCCCGCGCCGAGGCCUUCGCCAAGGAGAAGGCGCAGUUGGAGCUGACCAAGAUGCAGCGCAGCAAGUCGGAGGCCGAGGCGCGGGCGAGGGCGCAAGUGCAGGCGGAGUCGGGGCAAGCGGAGGCGGAGGCGCAAGGGGAGUUGGAGGUGAAGGCGGAGGAGGAAGUGGAGACGAAGGCGAGGGCCGAGGCGAAGCAGCAGGAGCCUCCGCCCAACGUCGUGGCGAUCUCGGUGCAGUCGCGGCCGGCGGGGGCGAUCGCGGAAGGGGCGUCCGCUGCCGAGGAGUCCGCCUCCAAACCCACCAUCGCCCUCUCGCUGUGCGACGGCGAGAACCACUGGUCCUUCAACAUCGCCGAGUGGCGCCUCUCGCAGGGCGGCCAACUGCAGCUCAAUUGCGCGCUCUCGCGCCACGACGCCGUCUCCUGCGCCCACAUGCUGCCAGAGGUGCCUGGGUCUCAUGACCUACAUCGCUCACAUCCCUGCAUUUCCGAUAUUUCUCCAAGAUGAGUUUCAUUUAAUUGAGACUUACGAGAGAUUCUUAAAAGCACCCCUAAAGACAUAGUUUCGAAGCUACGUCCAUGCAUUAAAACACCUGUUGUUGACCGCCUGGAGUUCUGUUAUCUUCAAGAACAUCUAGUGCUGCUCAGUACAUAAUGGAGGAAACAUAAUUUUGAGCCUCAUUAUACAGGCACGCAAUAAGCCCCACAGUGUGCAAUCAGCUUUUACUACGAGCGUUAUCUACGAUUUGACAGCUAUUAACAUAGUAUCAAACUCAGACAAAGACGAAGCCAUUUCUCGGACAUGGAACAAUUUUAUGAGUAGGUUUCACAGGAACAACAUUUUUUAAUAUCAACCUAAAGAAGUAUCCUGACCUUGUACCUUACAAUUUAUUCCUUUACAAAUUCACAUCUGUUGUCAGUGAACCCGCUUCCAUGCGAGUGCGUUUUCGUGACCACUAAUGCCGUGAGACAUUAUCAUCUCCUAUUUUUCUAAAAGUCGACACGGCGAAAGAAAUGCACGGUGUUCUGCAGGAAUCAAAAUGUAACACACUUAGGAAGAGCGUGGAACAGUAUUGAAUGGUAAACCAAUUAGAGCAAAAAUUGUACAUAUCACAUUUGGUCAAAUAUGGCUUUGUUAAGAUCCAUCAGAACCAAAGGCAAUAAUCAGCUACCGCAAUACUUUUCUAAUGUUACAUAUUUACUCUUAUACGAUAUAUUUAUUGUACACUUGCAAUUACUUGGAGAAUGAUAGACGAGAAAUAAAAACAGAAUUGUAAGAAAAAGGCAAAUCAGAUAAAAAUUCUAAGAACUGCGCCUAUUUACUCCUCGACACAAACAUUCUUUACAAUAGUAUACCAACUGCUGACCAAAACUGCGUGUCUGCCAAGAGGCAACAGAUUUCUAACAGUAAGGUUUUAUUUACUAUACAGGAUAUGUCCACACUUGUAACAUCAUAUUUUUAUAGAAAAUAUAAGUAGACCACAGUUAAGAAAACGCGAUUAAGAAGGCAAGAGAGAUGUAAAGUGAGAGAGAGAAUGUUAUCAGCUUUGUGUUAAUAAAU